AUGGCUCCGCCUCUUCUACCAACGGCUCUUUACUAUAAAAUGUCUAAAGGAAUCCUGAUCCUGCUGAGUGUAGCUAGAUGGAGUGGUCCUGCUUACGCCUUUGUCCAUACGUUCCGCGUAAGAAUGCUGGGGUUCGACGGUGCCCUGGCCGCACCACAAUCGGCCAGGUUUGGUCAGGGUUCUGGUGAUAUUUUUGGUAUCCUUUGCUGGGGAACAUACGACAGCCUGGCUAACUGUUUUAGAAGGGAGGAGUUUUCCUGUAGGCACCACAAGGAUGCGGGCGCCGUGUGUUACUCAGGAGCCCAUCCGAAUCCACUCCAAGUUCGUCUUGUCGGUGGGUCUAACGAUGCCGAAGGAAGAGUAGAGAUCAUGCAAGAUGGAUCCUGGGGAACUAUAUGUGAUGAAAGUUGGGAUCUAAGAGACGCGAGGGUGGUUUGUAGAAUGCUGGGGUUCGAUGGAGCCUUGGAAGCACCGGUAUCUGCUAGGUUUGGUCAGGGCUCUGGUCGUAUUCUUCUAGCUAAUGUCGGGUCCCAUCCUCAGCCGUUUCAAGUUCGUCUGAUUGGUGGGUCUAACGAUGCUAAAGGCAGAGUAGAGGUACUGCACGAUGGGUCCUGGGGAACCAUCUGUGAUGACAGCUGGGAUCUGAGAGACGCUAGGGUGGUUUGUAGAAUGCUGGGGUUUGAUGGAGUCUUGGACGCACCAAGAUCUGCUAGGUUUGGUCAGGGCUCUGGUCCUGUUUUUCUAGCUUAUGUCAAGUGUGAGGGAACAGAAGGCAACCUUGCAGACUGCGCUCAUGCAGAGAUUGAAUAUCACCACUGCAGUCAUACAAGGGAUGCGGGCGCUGUUUGUUAUUCCGGAGCCCAUCCGAAUCCAUUUCAAGUUCAUCUUGUUGGUGGAUCUAAUGAUGCCGAAGGCAGAGUAGAGGUACUGCACGAUGGAUCAUGGGGAACUAUCUGUGAUGAUAGCUGGGAUCUGAGAGACGCGAGGGUGGUUUGCAGAAUGAUGGGGUUUGAUGGAGCAUUGGAAGCACCGGUAUCUGCUAGGUUUGGUCAGGGCUCUGGUCGCAUUCUUCUAGUUCAUGUCGAGUGUGAAGGAACAGAAGGCAACCUGGCAGACUCCCAUCCGAAUCUAUUUCAAGUUCAUCUUGUCGGUGGAUCUAACGAUGCUGAAGGCAGAGUAGAGGUACUGCACGAUGGAUCGUGGGGAACUAUCUGUGAUGUCAGUUGGGACCUGAGAGACGCGAGGGUGGUUUGCAGAAUGUUGGGGUUCGAUGGAGCAUUGGACGCACCGGUAUCUGCUAGGUUUGGUCAAGGCGCUGGUCGUAUUCUUCUAGUUCAUGUCGGGUGUACAGGAACAGAAGAUAACCUUGCAGACUGUGCUCACCUAGGGAUUGGAAAUUACUGUGGUCAUGGACGCGAUGCCGGCGCCAUUUGUUAUUCAGGAGCCCAUCCGAAUCCAUUUCAAGUUCAUCUUGUUAGUGGAUCUAACGAUGCUGAAGGCAGAGUAGAGGUACUGCAUGAUGGAUCGUGGGGAACUAUCUGUCAUGUCGGUUGGGAUCUGAGAGACGCCAGGGUGGUUUGUAGAAUGCUAGGGUUUGAUGGAGCCUUGGAUGCACCGGGAUCUGCUAGAUUUGGUCAGGGCUCUGGGCGUAUUCUUCUAAAGUAUGUCAAUUGUGAGGGAACUGAAGACAACCUAGCAGACUGUGCUCAUCCAGGGAUGGGAGAUUACUGUGAUCAUAUAAACGAUGCGGGCGCCAUUUGUUAUUCAGGAGCCCAUCCGAAUCUAUUUCAAGUUCAUCUUGUCGGUGGAUCUAACGAUGCUGAAGGCAGAGUAGAGGUACUGCACGAUGGAUCGUGGGGAACUAUCUGUGAUGUCGGUUGGGAUCUGAGAGGCGCCAGGGUGGUUUGUAGAAUGCUAGGGUUUGAUGGAGCCUUGGAGGCACCGGGAUCUGCUAGGUUUGGUCAGGGCUCUGGGCGUAUUCUUCUAAAGUAUGUCAAUUGUGAGGGAACUGAAGACAACCUAGCAGACUGUGCUCAUCCAGGGAUCGGAGAUUACUGUGAUCAUAUAAACGAUGCGGGCGCUAUUUGUUAUUCAGGAGCCCAUCCAAAGCCAUUUCAAGUUCGUCUGAUCGGUGGAGCGAACGACGCUAAAGGCAGAAUAGAAGUUAUGCAUGACGGAUCCUGGGGAACUGUAUGCGAUUUGAACUGGGAUCUCAGAGGCGCGAGGGUGGUUUGUAGAGUGCUGGGAUUUGAUGGAGCCUUGGACGCACCGAAAUCUGCAAGUUUUGGUAAGGGAUCUGGUCGUAUUCUCCUGACCUAUGUUAGCUGUGAGGGAACAGAAGAUAACCUGGCAGACUGUGCUCAUCCAGGAGUUGGAGAUUAUAGUUUUUGCAGUCAUGGUCGCGAUGCCGGCGCCAUCUGUUAUUCAGGAGCCCACCCAACCCCAGUUCAAGCUCGUCUGAUUGGUGGAUCAAAUGACGUUGAAGGAAGAGUAGAAGUCUUAAACGGUGGAUCUUGGGGAACUAUCUGUGAUUACAACUGGGAUCUGAGAGAUGCGAGGGUAGUUUGCAGAAUGCUUGGGUUUGGUGGAGCCUUAGACGCACCGGGAUCUGCAAGGUUUGGUCAGGGAUCUGGUCGUAUUCUUCUGACCUAUGUUAGUUGUGAUGGAACAGAAGAUAACCUGGUAGACUGUGCUCAUCCAGGGGGUGGAGAUUAUAGUUUUUGCAGUCAUGGUCGCGAUGCCGGCGCCAUCUGUUAUUCAGGAGCACAUCCGAAUCCAUUUCAAGUUCGUCUUGUCCAUGGAUCUAACGAUGCUGAAGGCAGAGUAGAACUUACGCACGAUGGAUCCUGGGGAACUAUCUGUGAUGACUGGUGGGAUCUAAGAGACGCGAGUGUAGUUUGUAGAAUGCUGGGGUUUGAUGGAGCCUUGAACGCCCCGGGAUCUGCACGGUUUGGUCAAGGCUCUGGUCGUAUCCUGCUAAAGUAUGUCAAUUUCCAUCCAAAUCCUUUCCAAGUCCGUCUUGUCGGUGGGUCUAACGAUGCUGAAGGCAGAGUAGAACUCAUCCACGAUGGAUCCUGGGGAACUAUCUGUGAUGACAACUGGGAUCUUAGAGACGCGAAGGUGGUUUGUAGAAUGCUGGGGUUUAGUGGAACCUUGGACGCACCUGGAUCUGCUAGGUUUGGUGAAGCCCAUCCAAAUCCUUUCGGAAUAAGGCUCGUUGGUGGAGCCAGCAAUGCUGAAGGCAGAGUGGAGGUCUUGUACGAUGGAUCCUGGGGAACUAUCUGUGAUAAUGGCUGGGAUCUUAGAGACGCGAGGGUCGUAUGCAGAAUGCUAGGGUUUGAUGGAGCUUUGGACGCAACAACGUCUGCAAGGUUUGGUCAGGGAUCUUGGGAUAUACUUCUUAAUCUUGUCGGUUGUGAUGGGACGGAGGAAAAUCUUGCAGACUGUGCACAUCUUGGGAUAGGUGUCAAUUACUGCAGACAUGGAGAGGAUGCUGGUGCCAUCUGUUACAUGGGAGCCCAUCCAAACUCUGUGGGAGUACGGCUCGUGGGUGGAUCGAAUAGCUAUGAAGGAAGAGUGGAGAUCAGAUAUAACGGCACCUGGGGAACAGUUUGCGACGAUGGCUGGGAUUUGCAAGAUGCAAAAGUCGUAUGCAGAAUGUUAAGGUUUGUCGACGCUUCGACUGCACCAGGUUUAGCCCAGUUUGGCGAGGGGUCCGAUGACAUUCUCCUGUCUCAUGUCGGGUGCAAUGGAACGGAAGACAAUCUUGCGGACUGCGUACAUCUACGGUUUGGAGUGCACAACUGCCAACAUAACGAAGACGCUGGGGUCACGUGCCUCUUAGGAGCUCGACUUGUCGGUGGAGCCCAUGAAUAUGAAGGAAGAGUUGAGAUACUACACGAAGGAUCUUGGGGGACUGUAUGCGACGAUUUGUGGGAACUAGACGACGCUAAGGUUGUGUGUCGGCAGUUAGGAUUUGAGGGGGCUUUAGCUGCUCUACCCCAAGCAAGAUUUGGUAAAGGUUCUGGUGAUAUUUUUCUGGAUGGUGUUCAGUGCAAUGGGACGGAAACCAAGCUCAAAGAUUGCAAACAUAAAGGGAUUGGAGUCCAUGAUUGCGGACACAAAGAAGAUGCCAGUGUCAUAUGUAGACAUGCAGGUAAUGUCAUCAAGCCGUCAAUAAAAAGACCUUUUGCCCCAAACAAAAGGAUAAAGAUCGUCCGCAAAUAA